AUGUCGUCAAUGGACUCCGAACUAGAAUCCUCCGCUCAGUCGUUAUUGCUCAGUUGCACAAUCGCUACAUCCGUCGUAGGAGUAGAAAAGGACUAUAUUGCUGCAUUUGGCGCCUUGCAGUCGGAAUACGGCUUCCCAGGAAAUUUUGCUGUCAGCUCUCCAUCCAAUCCCACAUUCCAAGACGCUUGCCAAGACCCAUUGGGCCUCGUUCCCUGGAAGCCAUUUAUCCAACUGCUCAAGCGGAUGUCUACGACAGUUAUCCGGUUAGCAGCAAAGGCACUGAACGACGGAGCAACUUUGGAAAAAGAACUACUCGAGGAUUGA